AUGCAGAGGGUUGUACCAGCUCUGGGUGGUCGGAAGGCUCUAUGGUCGGCCGUUCGUAUGUUCUCUUCGCGGAAGAUAGUUCCAGCAUGGCCCUACUAUCUCGCUGGGGAAGCAGUAUACUCUAAUACCGAUCUUGAGGUUACCGAUAAGUACAGCGGCGCAGUGGUGUGUCGCGUGGCGUUGGCCAAGCCUCCGGAAGUAGAACGAGCUAUAGCUGCGGCUCAUGGAGCUGAGAAGACGAUGGCUGCGCUCCCGGCAUUUCAGCGAAAAAGAAUCCUCCAGCAUUGCGUGGAAAGGUUCCGAGACAGAGCUGAGGAGCUGGCCUAUUGUCUGUGUGUGGAGGCUGGUAAACCUAUUGUGGAUUCUCGCGUGGAGGUCUUGCGUCUCAUCGACACCUUCGCCAUUGCCGCUGAGGAGGCGACUCGCAUUAACGGCGAGUGGAGUAGCAUGGAGAUUUCCGAGAGAUAUCGAGGCCUCCAGCAAAUCUAUAAGCGAGUCCCCAAAGGCGCCGUGUCCAUGAUUGCUCCCUUCAAUUUCCCUCUCAACCUCGCCGCUCAUAAAAUAGCUCCUGCGAUUGCUGUUGGGUGUCCAUUUGUACUGAAGCCGGCCAGUGCCACUCCGUUGGGCUCAUUGAUAAUAGGCGAGGUUCUUGCUGAGUGCUCGGACCUUCCCAAAGAGGCCUUCUCUAUAAUACCCUGCUCGAGGCAAGAUGGAGACCCUCUUACGACUGACGACCGAUUCAAGUUGCUCUCGUUUACUGGCAGUCCGAGUGUUGGAUGGGAUAUGAAGUCGAGGGCUGGCAAGAAAGGGGUAGUGCUCGAGCUUGGCGGUAAUGCUGCUGGUAUAGUAGACUGUAUACCAUACGAAGGGCUAGAGUACCUCAUGGAUCGCAUAGCCUUUGGGGCCUUCUAUCAAAGUGGACAGAGUUGCAUAUCUACACAGAGGCUCUAUGUUCGAAAGGACAUAUACGAUAAGGUAGUGAAUGCUCUAGUCGCAAAGGUGAAGUCCUUGCGUAUGGGUGAUCCGAAGGACGAGAACACGUUCAUAGGCCCUAUGAUAGCAGAGAGAGAGGCUAGCAGGCUAGAGAGUGCUGUUGAGGGCGCGAUAAGGGCGGGCUCCACUCUUUUGUGCGGCGGAGGCCGAAAUGGAUCUAUGUUCGAGCCUACACUGCUGGCCGACGUGCCUAUCGAGAGUGACGCUUGGCGGGAGGAGGCAUUCGGGCCACUCUUGUGUGUUGCCAGCUUUGAUAAUUUUGAGGAGGUUGUGGAGAGAGCCAAUGAUUCCAAGUAUGGCAUCCACGUUGGCCUCUUCACCAACGAUUUGAAUAGAGCUUUCUACGCCUGGAACAACGUGGAGGCGGGCGGGUUGGUUGUGAACGACGUCCCGAGUAUCAGGGUGGAUUCAAUGCCGUAUGGCGGGGUUAAGGACUCCGGCACUGGUCGUGAAGGUGUUAAGUAUGCUAUGGAGGACAUGAGCGAGAUCCGCACUAUGCUCAUCAAGAACGUCGGCUUAGCCGAUAGGCUUUAA